AAUCAAAUCAAAUAACUCCAAAACAGAGAGAAACAGAACAACACACCAAAACAAAGGGCGGGGGAGAUUUUCUUCCAUUUCCUCUCUCCCCCCUCCAUGGAAGGCGGCGACGAUUCUCUCCCUCCCUCCGCCGCCUCGCCCCCUUGGCACGGCGAUCACGCUGGGGCUUCCGAUCCCGAUCCUGCUUCUGGCCUGGAAGAUAUCGCCGAGCCUGAAUUUCAUGAUCUCCUCACCGAAGAAGAGCAACACCAUACCGACCUCAACCAUGACCUUGACCAUGACCAUGACGAUGACCACGAGCACGCCCCUGAGCCUGAAACCACCGACGUCUCCUUCGAUGAUCUCAAGCUCAAGAUCAUCAAGCAGGUGGAGUAUUAUUUCAGCGAUGAGAAUCUGCCCACUGAUAAGUAUCUCUUGGGUUUCAUCAGGAGGAAUAAGGAAGGGUUUGUUCCUGUAUCAGUAAUUGCUUCCUUUAGAAAAAUGAAGAGGCUCAGUCGAGAUCAUUCAGUUAUAGCUGCGGCACUGCAGGAAUCUUCAGUGCUUGUUGUGAGUAGUGAUGGCAAAAGGGUUAAGCGGGUCAAUCCAUUUCGAUUCAAAGAAUCUAGAGAUCAUAAGUUAUAUACUGUUUUGGUAGAGAAUUUGCCAGAGGAUCAUUCAAAGGACAACCUUCAGCGAAUAUUCCGUGAAGCUGGAAAUAUAAGGCGGAUUAGCAUUUAUGAUCCACGUUCUGCUGCAGAGUCGACAAAACAUAAACAAGAAACAUUUUUUAGUAGCAAGUUACAUGCUCUUGUGGAGUACGACACUAUUGAGUCGGCUGAGAAAGCUGUGGCUUUGUUAAAUGAUGAACAGGAUUGGAGAAAUGGCAUGCGUGUUAAACUUCUCAAGAAAAUGGGGAAGUAUGGACACAAAAAACAAGCUUGGAAGGUAGCUAAUUCUGAGAAGAAUAGCUCUAGCCAUGUGUCUGAACAAACAGAUGAGGAAAAUCAUAGCUCAAAUGAGCUUCAUGAAGAUACACAUGAUGAAGAGGAUGGCGACCACUUGGCAAAGGAUAAUAAAGGUGGGCAUAGGCCUAGAAGUCAUGGAAGAUCAAGAAAACAAAAAUAUCGUGCUGCAAAUGGAAUAGGCCAUGGAAGCACUUCAUCUACUCAUGUCAUGGAAGCACCGAAACCGCCUCCUGGACCAAAAAUGCCGGAUGGAACACGAGGCUUUGCAAUGGGACGAGGGCGACCUCCUGUCCCAGCUCCCAAUUAGCAAAGAUUUGGAGCUAGACAAGAAGGACUUGUAUUUAAGCAGUGUUUUGCCCGUCGGUUGUAGUGAUAUCCUAGUUUUUUUUAACUUGGGGCUAUGAGUGUGUUUGCUGGAGUCAACAUUCAAGGUUUUUGUUGGGGUGUUCAAUUUCAUGGGUCAGCUUGUGAAAGCUAGUAGUGUUGGUGGAGCAUAUUACCUAAUUUAAUGUUUUAUUAGGCUGGAGAGGAUAAACCGUACUUCUAUUAUGGUAAUCCUCACCUUACGAGGAAUCUGUGUAACAAAACAAUCUCCUGAAAAAUCUGUUAAUGGGGAGGUGAAAGCUAUCGUUUUGAUAUUGAUUUGAAAUUUA